AAAUCACCUGCGUAGCAGAGCUGGAAAUCCAGUUUCCUGAUUGCCGGGGGGGUUAUAAGUUCUCCACCCGCGCCGCUGACACCCGAGUCAUUCAAUACGUGAAUUCUUCCCCGUGAGAUGUCAGGAGGACGCCGCACACACGGGGGGUCACCUGGCCGGUCUUGUGUUCUGCAUGGAGGAGGUGAUGACAUCAGUCAGCCACACCAAGCCAUUGUCUGCCUGCCGCCGGAACAUUCCGCCCGCUGUGUUUGUCGGGACUUUGCGGUUUUGGAGGACGGGGCCUUGGCGCACUGCUUGCAGGAACAGGAAAUCGAGCAGCAUUACGCCUCCAACGUCCGGAAGAAUAAGCUGGUCCAGAAGGACAUCCGUAUAGCCAAGAAACUCCAAGAUGAAGAAGAUCAGCAGAGCAAAGUCCUGAGCCUGGAGCAGCAGAAACAAAUCGAGGAGUUAGACUCGGAGUACGCCCGAGCCAUCCAGGAGGAGCUGCAGAGGAAAGCGCGGGAGUGCCUUCAGCGGGAGGAGGAAGACAAGGAAAUUGCCAAAAGGCUUCAGCAGCUGGAGGAGGAAGAGUUGCGGCGGAAAGCUCAGGACAGCUUGGAAGAGCAAAGCGGCUUGCCCUUCUUGGACAAUGAUGAUGAAGAGGAAGGCUACACCUUCCAAAACGAUAGUUCUAAAUACACGAGCUCCUCCGAGUACAUUCGAGGACCAAGAAGCUCCGAGAGGGAGCACGUGCCGCCCAAACGUUGCGAGGAACCCCUUGGCAGAAUGAAUCCCAGCCGCGUCUCCUUUGGCCAAGUCCACUAUGACAGCAACGGCUCGAAAAACUCUAAAGCCCCGGAGCCGUGGAAAGAGCCGGUCCAAGUGCAGUUUCCGUACAGGAACCCCAGGCACUCCUCCGAGGGGAGCCCGUGCCACCCGAGUGGCAUUGAGGCAACGCCAACCCAUGACAGGGAUAAAGUCCGCAAAGAGGAGAAGAUCCGAGGCCAUCGGGAAAAACACCACUCUGAGCGGUGUAGGCGCUCCAGCUCCGAUAGCGACGACUACCCAGAACAUUGCGCCAGAGACAAAAGAAGCCGCCGUUCCCAAUGGAACCAAAACCGAGAACACCAUCACCACCAUCAUCACCAUCACCACCGAUCUUCUAACCAUCAUUCUUCUAGGAUGUCCAGUCAGGAAUUGAGAACAGGUGAGGAGACGCGGCCCGGCUUCGACAUCGACCCCCUGCAGUGGAAAAUGGCCGACCUGAAAGUCCAGAGCCCCGACCAGCUGUUACAGGACGAAGAACUGGCUCGCCGACUGCAGGAAGAAGAGGAGAAACGCGUAGCAGAGGUGAAACGGCGCGACCAACACGAGGACUUCCGGGCCGCUCAGGUGGCGCAGGAUGAGGAGAUUGCGAAGUACAUCCAGCGGCAGGAGCUGAGAGCCCAAAGGAGGUCGGAGGAUCUGGACCUGCCCGGGGACAGCGAUGAUGACGGCAGUAUUUGUAGCGUCUCCGACAGGAAGAGCCUUGGAGUGAAGAAUGAAGUGCCUUCUUAUAACCAAGGACGCUUGGACUCGGAGGGCCUGGCAUCACCGACCGAGUGCCGCACGCCGGAGAAAAUGGAGCUGUCCGCGGUGGACGCCACUUGUGACCCGGCCAAACUCUGCUCCCCCAGGAAUAUCGCCGAGGAACUCGACCCGACCUUCAAGUCCAAGAAGGAGGCUCAACCCGAAGUGUUCACCGUCUGUUCCCAAGCUACAGAAUUUCCGGUUUCGGCGCAGACCCAACCCGUCCCGGUAGAUGGAUUGUACGACUUUCUGGACGAUGGCGCCGAGCCGAUCUUUAUACCACCGACCAAGAGACCAGCGGAGAAAGUGGGACGCAAUAAACCCAAAGACAAGAAGGAAGGGUGCAAGCAGCAGUGACUCCUCGCCGCCGUUCAGUAGUAUUUUAUUCUCAUUUCCUUCUAGCUGCCAUCCGAUUUGCCAAACUUUUUUGCGUUCGUUGUCGGUUCAUCAUUGUGGGCGGGGCUCUUCAGACGUACGUCAACAAGAAGCGUAUAAACUCCAUUCAGGGAUGACGAUGAGACUCGAUGAUUAUUUUCAUUUUUUUUGUUUCUUUUGGAAUUCCGGUGCCUUAGGCAUUUUUUUGACUCUAGAGAAUGGCUGUUAUCUAAUAGCGCCGAUCGUUUUCACGCGUUCGGCACCCAAGAAGCACAUUUUAGCGACCUACUGUCCAGUCUAUUAGAGGAAUAUAAUAAUAAUUAUCAUUAUUAAUAUUAUUAUUAGCUGUGUGCUAUGAAACUUGCUUAUGACGAGCGUUGUGGAUUAUCCGUCUGUCAUGUACAUGAAUUAUCCAAGUCUAGAAUUAAAAUGACUGCCUUUCUAAAAAAUGCAUCACAAAUGAUUUGCAAAAUGUCAAUUUUAUUUUUAUUUUUAUUUUUUUUACUUUUUUUUUUUAUUUUUAUUGUUAAAAGUCUGUUUCUUUAAAUUUUUCCAAGUUGGCUUAUUCAUGUUCAGUUAUACUAACUGCAAAUUGUUACGUGUCCCUCGGCCUCUGAGCGGGGAGAACGCAGUGUUUUCAUAGGAGUACAAUUUAUUUUUUUAAACAUUUUGCACUGAAUUUAAUUUUUUUUUUUUUUUUUAUUAUUUUAGUAUCUUUUUGGUGCUUUUGUGUAUAGAUCUCAAAUGCCUUUAGAACUUUACUUUAAAAGACAUUUUUAUAUAAAAAAUAUAAGCAUUUUA